GAGUGCGUCUCUACUUGUGUCCUGAAGGGCAAAUAAGAGAACCGACCUUAUUAAGGGAGCACUUACCUCAUUCCCGUUUCAUAUCAAUAUCCUAUUGUGCAUAUUACAGUAACGUUAUAGCGUAUGCGUGUGUCGUGCGUUAUAGAAAUAUAGGGGUCUUGUGUUUGUCAAAGCAAACGUCAUCGUGGGUUUUUGGUGGGCAUGAUUUCACUGGUGACCUACAGUAUCACGGGAUGCGCCGCACAAAGCGAGUCUAACAUGCCAGACGGGAGAGACAGGGACCUUCAGGACGCACGCAACAUCGUUUAUUGAGGAUAUAUAUGUGAAUAUGACCGGAUAUCUUUUUAUCUGGAUCAUAAGGACGUAUUGUAACUGGAUUCCUGGAAUUUUUAUGGGAACGAGCCGGUGUAAAUAAAAUGCGAAAUAUCCUGUACAUGAACAGAUUUAUUAGGAUUUAUUUUAAAUACUCGCAAUGAAUGCGACCUUUUUUGAGACGGGAUAUUGUUCACGAGGCUGAUUUUAAUACUUUACGAGCCUGUUGUUUGUCUUCGUUUGCCUCUAAAACUUUAUUUAUUUAAUUUUGUCCUGGGUUUCUCGUGAACCAUGACACGGACGACGAUUGCGCUGUUUUUUGAGAACCUACUCAGUAAAUUGUCGCUGUUUGCGUGUUUGGAUUCGGCAGAUGUGAAACUUGGGAAUUACCAUUCAUAGAGAAAUAACGACUGGACGUUCGACCGGUUAUAUCAUUUUCGCAACUAUUUCUGACUUUUCUUGGUGAACUCAAACAAUGGGGAUCAACCUGCGAGUUAUUCUGGGAAUGUUUCAGUUCGUCUCACUUACUAGAAUACCUACACACUGUGCCAAGACCCCGUCAGACCACUGGAAGCCGACAGAAGACCACAGAUCUGGAGAAGUGGUGAGGUGGUUGGAUGUCUUUCAGAAAAGCGCCUGUCAUCCCAGAGAGACGCUGGUGGAGGUUUGGCAGGAGUUUCCGUGGGAGACGCAUCACCUUUUCUUGCCGUCGUGUGUAACAUUGCGCCGCUGUGGAGGCUGUUGCUCCGAUGAGGCGCUGGAGUGUGUGCCGUCAAAGACACACACACUCGUCGUGGAGCUCAUGAGGACCUCAUAUAUGAAGCAUGAACUGGUGCAGCUGCCCUUUACAGAACACAACCAGUGUGAAUGCAGGCUUAAAGAAAAUGUUUAUGUAGCACCAACCAGGCAAGGCCCACAGACCACUAGACGCGGCAGAAAGCGUCAAAGAGGAAAACCAAAGCGAAAUAAACACAUGGAAAAGAUGCUGAUGACACCUGUGCCAACUGCACCCCCUCCUCCACCACCGCCCCCCACCCUUCCACCUAGCUCCGCCCCUCCACCACCUGCAAGAGAGGCGUGUCUGCCGUGCCCCUCCCGCAUGAUGACAUCACAGCCUCCCUCAUGUGAGUGCAGGUGCAGCUUGAGGGAGGUGAGCUGCACAAAGAGAGGAAAGACGCUGAACCUUCACAGCUGCCGAUGUGAGACCCAAAGUGAAUAAUGAAAUCAAACCUCCCUCAUAAUCCAUCUUUCAAACAUUGCACAGCUUUGAGGAGGUCAAAAGUUCGCUUAUUCUUCUAUCACCGAGUCUAAAGUUUGGGUCUUGCCCAGAAUAAGGGUUUGCGUUCCGGAAUGUACCACAAACCCUCCCCCGGGCGCUCCCCCGGGUCCCACACACAAUUGCGGCAGUAUUAGAUGCGUAUACACAACUCCCAGUACAUCCAUAUCUGUACUGAGGGAUCGUUCUUUUCCACAACAGCCAAUACAAAUGUUUUAUUCUGCUACAUUUUGAUGAUACUUCAAAACCCAUUGAGACUGUGUGAUGGGCUGAUGAUCGCUGUUCGAGCACAUUGGGAGAAGCUUAUCGCCGGAUAAGAGGAAUGUUUAGCACUGAGGAGGUGGACUUUGGGGUUUCUUGUGAGCUUUAUCCAAAACCUUUCAGCAUCGAGAUGGACCAUCCUCAAACUGGGAAUUGUGGAAUUUUUUUCAGCCUCCUGGGAUGGACCUAGACUGAGAUUGAAUGGACGCAGGCACGGACGUCCAGCUAGUGUGAUGCUAAUAGGGAUGUGCACUCUGAGAACCUCCAAAGAAAAAAGGACGUUUCUAAUCAAACUACUUAAUGUGGAGAGUUUUUGAGAGGAUGGAUGUUGACAAACCUUUAACGUUAAGAGAUCUCAAGUGUCUCGCCACACAAACCGAGCGUCUCAUCAUGAAAACGUCCCUGACGGGCGAUUAGAUGGAUGGACGGGUGUCUGUGUGGUCUCCGUAGUGAAUAAUGAGGAUCUGUGCGUCUAUCCUAAUUUAUUCCUGGCCACUAUAAGUCCAUAAUGUGGCUUCACAGACUGUAUCAAUGAGUCUUUUUGUGUUUGUUUGAUUUGCUUUUUGUUCAGCUCCUUCCUUUCGGGAUUUGAAAGCUUUUCCCACUGACUGCCAGUGAGCGGAAUGCCAAUCGUAUAGAAACCUGGCGAUAUUCCAUUGGUGCUCACACACACAUUUUUCUCCUCUCUCUCCCACACCCUCAGUCACACUCUUUCUCUUUAUCCCCUUCACUUUAUUUGUCUCUUUUCCAUCCUGUCUCUCUCUCUCUCUCUCUCUCUCUCUCACACACACACACACACACACACACACACACACAAAGGCAAACAGGUAAAUAUAAGCUUUUCUGUGUUGAUACUGAAAGAAGAAUUUAUUUUAUCUAUUUCAUUCAUUUGUUUUGUAAAGAAUACUAAUGUUAUUGUAGUCCACUUAAAGAACGUUUCUUUGCUUAUCUCUGCUAAUCUCACCUAUGAAAUAAGGCUGGGUAGAAAAGGGAAAUACUCAUUCUGCGUGUGUUAAGGUGGUCGUAACCAUUUGACGGUUUUGGGAGUAUGACAUAUUUAUUUUUUUAUAUGGAAUUGCAUUUUAUAUUAUGCUUUGCGAUGUUUCUUUGUCGUCUUUCAGAAACAUUAUUCUGCUUAUUACUGUGAUCAUUUGAGAUACAUUAGUAUUUCGGCUGGAUUUCUUCAGAUUCGUAGAUGUAGCUUUCAGUCAACAUUGAGGAUGGUGAGGUUCAAUGGACCAGCUGGAGCCUACAAAGGGUGAAUGAAUUUUGAAUCUUUGAAUUUAACCAAACACACUUUCCACCUUAUGUGUAGCAUUAUUGACUGAAAUAUGAGGAUAUACACACUUUAAAUGACUAUAGAGAUUCCUCAGACUAUGUGUUGAAUACUUUCAUGCAAUAAUGUAAACUAUCAAGAUCACUAGCACCCUGGGAUGUUCAUCUGGUUUGUUAGUCAACAUGAAACAGAUUUGGCAAUGUGACAUAUUGUUGAAUGAAACCUGAAAUUAUUUUAUUCAUUAGGAUUGGAUCGUGAAAAGCAAAUGUUUCAUAUCAGAACAGAGAUAAAUUUGAGUUUGCUGGAACAUUGCUGGGACAGAUGCGUGGUUAAAGAGAUAAUUUACUCAUCCUCGUGUCAUUCCAAACCUGCAGAACACAAAAGAAGAUAUUUUAAAGAACAUUGGUAACUUUGGACUUACAUUGUGUGGACACAAAAGCACUGAGACAUUUCUCAAAAUAUCUUCUCCAUAUACAGAUUUAGAACGACUUGAGGGUGAAUAAAUAAUGACAAAAUGUUUAUUUUUGAGUGAACGUUCCCUAUAACAGCUAAAAGAGGUGAUGUCAUCAGAAAAGAGAAGUUGUUUGAAGGUAGAGGUUUUUUUUGCCAUUUGAUGAAAGAUCAGGAAAUGUCUGUUCAGAAGCUAAUAGGGUCAAUUUCAUUUCAUUGUGAUGUCAAAGUUUUUUUUUUUUGUAGUUUGGUCAAUGUUCAGUGUCCUUAUAUAUGAUGACAGGCUUUUAUCGCUGCUGUAAAAUGUUCUGUGUGAAAUAUCCUGCGCUAUAAACGUAGCAUUCUCUCAACAGUAACAUGUAUCAACUACCUCUGUGUCGGUGUACAGUUAAUGUAAUGAAAACUAUCACAGAAAAUAUACACAAAACCCAUAUGAUAUGAAUGUACCUCCAAAACGUCAGUGUUUCCGGUCUCUUCUCUGUAAAACCAUUCCUGAAUCCUGUCGCGUUGUUUGGAUAAUUUGUGUGUUCCAAUGUAUCUGUCAUAUGUAUCCAGAUAGAACAACAGAGUCCAUCAGAAACCAAUAUAUACCACAGUCUAUACACAAUAUAAGCUUUGAGUGUUUGAACAUUAUUAAUGGUUAUUGCUGCUAUACCAUCUGUGCCCAAUUCUCCCGAUUGUGAACGUGUGUAAAAAAUAUUUGUUACAGAGAGACAUAACCAUUCCUGCUUUAUGUCUUCAGUGUGUGUAAAUGCAAACAUAGGUCUGAUCACACCCAUACAGUAUAAAAAAACACAACAGCCAUAAAGCUAUGUGCUAUAUAUUAAUAUAAAUAAAGUGAAAUGAGUUAUUUUUGAGAAAGAUUUGUGAUGAAUUUGGUGAUUCUGAAAACAUUCUUUUGUCAAAAAGUGCAAUAACAGUGCCUGUGUUUGGGUCACAUUUCACUCUAAAAUCCAAUGAAAUAAAUAUUAAUUUUCUGUUACAUAUAGGAAUAAAGCGGGUUCAUUAAAAUUUUAUUUGACUUUUUGUAUCCUGACAUUGUUUUAAUGACUAAUUAAGCACAUUACCAUAAAUCUCAAUACUGAAAAAAAAGAAUAUAUAUUAUGAAUUAAUUUAUGUAUUACAUCAAUUAAAUAUGAAAACCAUUGAGAAUAAUGCAAUUACAAAAGCGUCCUCAAAACUUCUUAACAAUGGUGAUUUGAAUGCAAAUUAAAAAAAGAAAAGAUUGCUCCUCAUCUUUUAACCUUUAAUUUUAGAGUUAAAUGUGACCUGUACAUGUUUCCGUACGAAUCACCAUUACUGUGCUAAUGUGGUUCAUGAUUUGAUGACCUAAAGGGACAGUUCACCCAAAAAUGAAAAUUCUGUCAUCAUUUACUAGAGCUAAGAUUGUUCCAAACCUUUAUAAAUGUCUUUGUUCUGCUGAACACACAGGAAGAUAUUUGGAAGAAUGUCAGAUAUGUCUCAUUCCCCAUUUACUGCCAUAGUAGGAAAAAAACACUAUGGGAGUCAAUGAGAUCUGACAUUCUUCCAAAUAUCUUCCUCAAGUAUCCUUUAACCUUGGUUUGUGACUAUAGUAACCAUUCGGUAUGGUAUAAACUAAACACGUAUAUCACCCUGUUUUGCUGGAUGUUCUGUCAAUUUAACCUCCCUAUGUUCUGUCCAUCCCUCCCUCUUCUCUCUCCUUUCCUG